AUGACCAGCUCUAUCAUCCAAUCCGAACAAGGCCAGAACGCCGGUUCGAUCGAGCUCAAGGAUGACACCGUCAUCGUUGUGCUAGGUGCCUCUGGCGACCUGGCCAAGAAGAAGACUUUCCCCGCUCUUUUCGGUCUGUACCGCAACAAAUUCCUCCCCAAGGACAUCCAGAUCGUGGGCUAUGCUCGCACAAAGAUGGACCACGCCGAGUACCUGCGGCGAGUCAAGUCCUACAUCAAAGUGCCCACCAAGGAGAUCGAAGAGCAACUCGAGAGCUUCUGCAAGCUGUGUACAUACAUCUCUGGACAGUAUGACCAGGACGACUCCUUCAUCAACCUCAACAAGCACCUCGAAGAGAUCGAAAAGGGCCAAAAGGAACAGAACCGCGUGUUUUACAUGGCGCUUCCUCCCAGUGUCUUCACCACCGUGUCCGAUCAACUAAAGAGAAACUGCUACCCCAAGGCCGGUGUUGCCCGCAUUAUUGUUGAGAAGCCCUUUGGCAAAGACCUCCAGAGCUCUCGCGACCUACAAAAGGCUCUGGAGCCCAACUGGAAGGAGGAGGAGAUUUUCCGCAUCGACCACUACCUGGGCAAGGAAAUGGUCAAGAACAUUCUCAUCCUUCGUUUCGGCAACGAGUUCUUUGGCGCUACCUGGAACCGCCAACACAUUGACAAUGUCCAGAUCACAUUCAAAGAGCCUUUCGGCACCGAAGGUCGUGGCGGUUACUUUGACGAGUUUGGCAUCAUUCGCGAUGUCAUGCAAAACCAUCUUCUCCAGGUCUUGACGUUGCUUGCCAUGGAGCGCCCGAUUUCCUUCUCCGCCGAAGACAUCCGUGACGAAAAGGUGCGUGUUUUGCGAGGAAUCGAUGCUAUUGAGCCCAAGAAUGUCAUCAUUGGUCAGUACGGCCGAUCGCUCGAUGGCAGCAAGCCUUCGUACAAGGAAGACGACACCGUUCCCAAGGAGUCCCGCUGCGCGACUUUCUGCGCCAUGGUGGCCUACAUCAAGAACGAGCGAUGGGAUGGCGUUCCCUUUAUUCUCAAGGCCGGUAAAGCUCUCAACGAGCAAAAGACGGAGAUUCGCAUCCAGUUCAAGGAUGUCACCUCGGGAAUCUUCAAAGACAUUCCUCGCAACGAGCUGGUCAUCCGUGUGCAACCCAACGAGUCGGUCUACAUCAAGAUGAACUCGAAGCUGCCCGGUCUCUCGAUGCAGACAGUUGUGACCGAGCUCGACCUCACCUACCGCCGCCGCUUCUCGGACUUGAAGAUCCCCGAGGCGUACGAAUCCUUGAUCCUGGACGCGCUCAAGGGCGACCACUCCAACUUUGUGCGUGACGACGAGCUCGAUGCCAGCUGGAGAAUCUUUACGCCUCUGCUGCACUACCUCGACGACAACAAAGAGAUCAUUCCCAUGGAAUACCCAUACGGCUCCCGAGGACCCGCCGUCUUGGACGACUUUACGUCUUCGUUUGGAUACAAGUUCAGCGAUGCUGCCGGAUACCAAUGGCCUCUGCACUCGUCCGCGCCCAACCGGCUGUAG